AUAGGACAGAGAGAGAAAUGGCAGCAUACGGGUGGAAGAGCUUCUCCGAGGACGAAGAUCGCCCCGAGAAGCCGAGGAAUUAUGGCGUCACUGAAGUGAGGUCUCCACACUACUCCCUUUUCUCUCGCCCCCUUCUCCAGGAUAUGUUUGAGACUAUGGGGGAGUUUGUUGAUGGGCUGAAGUUUAGUGGUGGAUCUUUUAGUAUGAUGCCUAAGACAUACAUCAGAGAAAUAAGUGACCUGGCACAUAAGCACAAUGUAUAUGUCAGCAGCGGAGAUUAUAUUGAGAAAUUUCUUCGUAAAGGUCCUUCAUAUUUUAAAGAAUAUCUCGAGGAAUGCACACAAUUGGGUUUUGAUACCAUUGAACUUGACAUGACAUCCUUAGAUCUUCCUGAGGAGGCCAUUUUGAGAUAUGUGCGGUUGAUUAAAAGCGGUGGGCUUCGAGUUAAGCCUCAGUUCUCAUUCAAGUUCAACAAGUCUGACAUACCCUUGAGUGACAAUAGAGCAUUUGGUGCUUAUGUUGUUCCAAAACCGCGAAGUUCAGAAUAUGUUGAAGAUGUGGACCUCUUGGUUAGGAGGGCAGAAAGAUGCUUAAAAGCUGGGGCAGAUAUGAUAAUGAUAGACGCAGAUGAACUAUGCAGGCGACCUGAUUCUGUCCGGGCGGACGUGAUUGCAAAAAUCAUCGGUCGUCUAGGAUUAGCAAAAACUAUGUUUGAAGCAUCAAGUCCUCGAAUCUCAGAAUGGUUUGUCAAACAAUAUGGUCCCAAGGUGAACCUUUUUGUGGACCAUUCUCAAGUGAUGGAUCUGGAAUGCCUUAGGGGGCGAAACCUUGGUAAAAAUCACUCCUCCAUUCUGGGUUCUUCAUAUUUCCUAUUCUGAUCUAGCGUUGGCAUGGAUGAUGCAUCUUAAUGCUAUCCAUCUUUGAUCUCUUAAAUGUGACAAUAAUGAUGUGAUGCUCUGUACGUCCUAGCUUGGUCCUCAGUAUCAUGUUUAUGCAAGCCAUGUCACUCUCAGAUGUUCUAUGUACAAGUAUAACAGGGUGUUUCAUCAUGUUGGCUUUCUCCAAUCAUGUAUAAACUCUUGUUUUUUUAUCAGAUCAUUAUGCACUGCUUUAUGUAAUGUCAAAUUUCAAGUGUUGAGUAUGAUUGUCUCUGUCUUCUUGUAUUGAGCUUAUAUAUGUGCUGUGCAAGAAAUUAUGCUCUAUGAACAUUCGUUCCACUAGCAAGAGAUAUUCACAAGACCUGAACAUGCAUACAACUAUACGAGCAAAGCCAUUAUCGGAACAUUGAUACUUAAAACUUCAUGCUUCAUUUGUUUUAUGGAAAUGUUCCUGAAAAAUGUUUUAUAAUGAUGUGUAACAUGUGUUCCUUUGCAAUUCUGUGAAAUAGAGGAAUUCAUUUUCUAAAAC